CCAAUUGCCCCACGGUGGAACCUUCAAUUAUCUCUGUUUCUUUUCUUUCCUUCCAAUGACUAAUUCUUCAACAAAUAAGGUACCAUCUCCAACAAAACCAACACCAUUCACAUUCAUUUUAAUAACGUUGGUGUUGUGCACUCCAUUCUGUUUCUGUGAUCCCACUAGAACCACUGGAUUAGAGUUUCUUAAGGUUGCUCCUUCUGAAUUUGCUGAUUCAGUGAAAGAUGUAGUUGACAUUUUGCAAAAUGUUAUGUCUAUGCUUUCUGAAUUUGGUGGUGUUGGCUUUGGUGAUUCGCGUCUGUCUAAUGCUGUUUCUGAUUGCCUUGAUUUGCUUGACCUUUCUUCCGAUGCACUUACUUGGUCUGUCUCUGCUACUCAGAACCCCAAAGGUAAGUAUAACAGUACUGGGAAUAUGAGCUCUGAUUUAAGAACAUGGUUAAGUGCUGCACUUGCACAUCCUGCACUUGCACAUCCUGAGACAUGCAUGGACGGAUUUGAAGGCACAAAUGGCAUUAUGAGUAAACUAGUGUCCACCGGCCUCAGCCAAAUGAUGUCAUUGCUCAAAGAGCUUCUCACACAGGUGGACCCCAUUUCAGACACGUUCCCGCCACAAGGUCAAUUUCCUUCGUGGGUUAAGCGAGAAGAUAGGAAUCUCCUACAAGCAAAUGGGGUGCGUGUGAAUGUUGUUGUUGCUGCUGAUGGGAGUGGAAAUUUUACAAAGGUGAUGGAUGCGGUGAGUGCAGCACCUGAUUAUAGCAUGAAACGCUUUGUGAUAUAUAUAAAGAAAGGUGUUUAUACUGAAAAUGUUGAAAUUAAGAAUAAGAAAUGGAAUCUCAUGAUGGUUGGAGAUGGUAUGAAUGCCACUAUUAUUUCUGGUAAUCGGAGCUUCGUUGACGGAUGGACUACAUUUCGGUCGGCUACCUUUGCUGUGAGUGGUAGAGGAUUCAUAGCACGAGACAUCAGCUUCCAGAAUAUUGCGGGUCCUGAGAAACACCAAGCAGUGGCACUAAGAUCCGACUCUGACCUCUCUGUAUUUUAUCGAUGUGGGAUUUUUGGUUAUCAAGACAGUCUUUAUACUCACACCAUGCGCCAAUUUUAUAGAGAAUGUAAUAUAAGUGGUACAGUGGAUUUUAUCUUCGGAGAUGCUGCAGCUAUUUUUCAAAAUUGCCAAAUACUAGUCAAGAAAGGGUUACCAAAUCAAAAGAACACAAUCACAGCUCAAGGACGAAAAGAUCCCAACGAACCAACUGGUUUCUCAAUUCAAUUCUGCAACAUCUCUGCUGAUUAUGAUCUUCUUCCAUCAGUUAAUUCUACGUGGACAUAUCUUGGCAGACCGUGGAAACCAUAUUCAAGAACAAUUUUCAUGCAAUCUUACAUAAGUGAUGUAGUAAGGCCAAAAGGGUGGCUAGAGUGGAAUGGAAAUUUCGCUCUAGAUACAUUGUACUAUGCAGAGUACAUGAAUUAUGGAUAUGGAGCUGAAUUAAGUCAACGAGUAAAAUGGCCAGGGUAUCACAUUAUGAAUGAUUCUAGUCAAGCUAAUAAUUUUACAGUUACCGAAUUUAUUAAGGGGAAUCUAUGGUUACCCACCACAGGUGUAACAUUCACUGCCGGACUAGGAGUUUAAAACAUUGCCAAAUCUUGAAUUUUCUUCUUCUUGAUUAAUGUUCAAGUGGUUCUUUAAAAUGAAUGGAUGGAAAAAAAAUGGUGAAGAGUUGGUGUUAAAUUUCAUUAAUUUGUACUUGACACUUUAUGAAUACUCUACUUUUUGUCUUGGAUUAGGGGUGUUUCUCAAUUUUGGACAAACUGUAAUUACUAUAAUAUUUAGCUGGAAUGUACAACUUGAAUCAAGUUUGAAGUAGGGUGUCAUGUGGAUUAUUUUGUCUAACAUACUUGUGUGAACACAAAUAGAGUUUGUGAUUUUUUCUUAUGGUUGAAUUUGAAAAAGGGUGAAUUCAAUGAUGGUUGGUUUA